AUGAACUCUGCAGUGUCAAGAGUUUUGGUGAAAGAUGUGGAGCUAUUUCAAGCCUUUGUUGUGUUUUCUGAUGAUUCCCCUCACCUCCAGUGCAACAGCUACAGGUACAGUGAACAUUUUGUUCUUUGCAUUGAUUGAGUACUACACGCACACCACCCAUACUUUCUUUCUAUUCAAGACAAAAUGAACAAAACAUAAAAAGAGGGAGUAUACACUGGGAAAACCAUAGUGUAUUAGAAGAAUUAUGAGCAAUUUCUAUUUAACUUUAUUUCCUAAAUUGAUUUGAGAUGCUACUUCAUGAAGAUGUACAGUGUCUUCAGAAAGUAUUCAUACCCCUUGACUUAUUCCACAUUUUGCUGUGCUACAGCCUGAAUAAAAAAUUGAUUAAAUUGUUUUUUCUCUCUCACCCAUCUACACACAAUACCCCAUAAUGACAAAGUGAAAACAUAUUUUUUUUUGUUGCAAUGUAUAAAUAUUGACACCCCUGAGUCAAUACUUUGGCAGCGAUCACAGCUGAUAGUCUUUCUGGGUAAGUGUCUAAGAACUUUCCACACCUGGAUUGUGCAACAUUUGACCAUUAUUAUUAAAAAAAUUCUUCAAGCUCUGUCAAAUUGGUUGUUGAUCAUUACAAGUCAACCAUUUUCAGGUCUUGCCAUACCUAUUCAAGUAGAUUUAAGUCCCAAUUCGGCCACUUUACUGUCUUUUUUGUAAGCAACUCCAGUGUCGAUUUAGCUUUGUGUUUUAGGUUAUUGUCCUGCUGAAAGGUGAAUUAAUCUCCCAGUGUCUGGUGGAAAGCAGACUGAACCAGGUUUUCCUGUAGGAUUUUGCCUGUGCUUAUCUCCAUUCCAUUUCUUUUUUAUCCUGAAAAACUCCCCAGUCCUUAACGAUUACAAGCAUACCCAUAACAUGAUGUAGCCACCACUCAGUAAUGUGUUGUAUUGGAUUCAGUGGAUGCUGCUGAGGGGAGGACGGCUCAUAAUAAUGUAUAGAAUGGAGCAAAUGGAAUGGCAUCAAACACAUUGAAACCAUGCGUUAGAUGUAUUUGAUAUCAUUCCACUGAUUCCGCACCAGCCAUUACCACAAGCCCGUCCUUCCCAAUUAAGGUGCCACCUUAAUUGUGAUUGGAUUUGCCCCAAACAUAACACUUUCUAUUCAUUUUUUGCAGUAUUACUUUAGUGCAUUGUUGCCAAACAGGAUGCAUGUUUUGGGAUAUUUUUAUUCUGUACAGCCUUCCUUCUUUUCACUCUGUCAAUUAGGUUAGUAUUGUGGAGUAACUACAAUGUUGUUAAUCCAUCCUCAGUUUUCUCCUAUCACUGCCAUUAAACUCUGUAACUGUUUUAAAGUCACCAUUGGCUAAUGGUGAAAUCCCUAAGCGGUUUCCUUCCUCUUCGGCAACUGAGAUAGGAAGGGCACCUGUAUCUUUGUAGUGGCUGGGUGUAUUGAUACACCAUCCAAAGUGUAAUUAAUUAUGCUCAAAGAGAUAUUCAAUGUCUGCUUAAAAAAAAAGGUUAACUACCAAUAGGUCAAAUCAAAUCAAAUGUUAUGUGUCGAAUACAACAGGUGUUGACCUUACCUUGAAGUCCUUAACCAACAAUGCAGUUCAAGAAAUAGUUAAGAAAAUAUUUACUAAAUAAACUAAAGUAAAAUUUUUUAUAAAAAGUUACACAAUAAAAUAACAAUAACGAGGCUAUAUCCAGGGGGUAACGGUACCGAGUCAAUGUGCGGGGGUACAGGUUAGUCGAGGUAAUUUGUACAUGUACAGUUGAAGUCGGAAGUUUACAUACACUUAGGUUGGAGUCAUUAAAACUCGUUUUUCAACCACUACACACAUUUCUUGUUAACAAACAAUAGUACACAAGUAUAAACACCAUGGGACGAUGCAGCAGUCAUACCGCUCAGGAAGGAGACGCGUUCUGUCUCCUAGAGAUGAAUGUAAUUUGGUGCGAAAAGUGCAAAUCAAUCCCAGAACAACAGCAAAGGACCUUGUGAAGAUGCUGGAGGAAACAGGUACAAAAGUAUCAAUAUCCACAUAAAACGAGUCCUAUAUCGACAUAACCUGAAAGGCCGCUCAGCAAGGAAGAAGCCACUGCUCCAAAACCGCCAUAAAAAAGCCAGACUACGGUUUGCAACUGCACAUGGGGACAACGAUUGUACUUUUUGGAGAAAUUUCCGCUGGUCUGAUGAAACAAAAAUAGAACUGUUUGGCCAUAAUGACCAUCGUUAUGUUUGGAGGAAAAAGGGGGACGCUUGCAAGCCGAAGAACACCAUCCCAACCGUGAAGCACGGGGGUAGCAGCAUCAUGCUGUGGGGGUGCUUUGCUGCAGGAGGGACUGGUGCACUUCACAAAAUAGAUGGCAUCAUGAGGAAGGAAAAUGAUGUGGAUAUAUUGAAGCAACAUCAGUCAGGAAGUUAAAGCUUGGUCGCAAAUGGGACAAUGACCCCAAGCAUACUUCCAAAGUUGUGGCAAAAUGGCUUAAGGACAACAAAGUCAAGGUAUUGGAGUGGCCAUCACAAAGCCCUGACCUCAAUCCUAUAGACAUUUUGUGGGCAGGACUGAAAAACCGUGUGCGAGCAAGGAGGCCUACAAACCUGACUCAGUUAUGCCAGCUCUGUCAGGAGGAAUGGGCCAAAAUUCACCCAACUUAUUGUGGGAAGCUUGUGGAAGGCUACCCGACACGUUUGAACCAAGUUAAACAAUUUAAAGGCAAUGCUACCAAAUACUAAUUGAGUGUAUGUAAACGUAUGACCCACUGGGAAUUUGAUGAAAGAAAUAAAAUUGAAUUUUCACCUAAAAUCUAACUGCCUGUAGCUCAGGACCUGAAGCUAUGAUAUGCAUAUUCUUGAUGCCAUUUGAAAGGAAACACUUUGAAGUUUGUGGAAAUGUGAAAUUAAUGUAGGAGAAUAUAACAUAUUAGAUCUGGUAAAAGAUAAUACAAACAAAAAAACAUAUGUUUUCUAUUAUUAUUUUUGGUUCCAUCAUCUUUGAAAUGCAAGAGAAAGCCCACAAUAGAAUAUUGCAGUUUUAGGCGCAAUUUAAAUUUGUGUGUGCAAAGUUUCAGAUUGAUCCAGUGAAGCAUUUCAAUACUGGACUGUUUUGUAUCAAGUCUGCCCAAAUGUGCCGAAUUGGUCAAUUGAUACAUUUUCAAGUACAUAACUAUAGAGAACAUACAAAAAUGAUAUGGUAAUACAAAAUGUAAGUUUACACACUCCCAGGAAUGUCAUACAUUAUGGAUCAUUAGCUUAUACACUAACUCUCACACAUCUAGAUGGCCGGGCGGGGUGGGUUUGGAGCCAGAGACAGCAAGGGUUCAAACUGUAGAAUCCAGUUCCUACAUUUGAAUAUAAAAAUGGAUUCUAUCAAACAAAACUAUGCUACAUUUUAUCUCUGGGACCCUUAGGAUGACAAAUCAGAGCAAGAUUACUGAAUGUAAGUACAUUAUUUACCUUCAGAGGUGAAUGUAUCAAACCAGUUGCCGUGAUAAGUUUUUUGUUGUUGUGCACUCUCCUCAAACAAUAGCAUGGUAUUUUUUUUUACUGUAAUAGCUACUGUAAAUUGGACAGUGCAGUUAGAUUAACAAGAAUUUAAGCUUUCUGCCCAUAUAAGACAUGUCUAUGUCCUGGAAAGUUUGCUGUUGCUUACAACAGUAAUGCUAAUCCAUUGGCGCACGUUAGCUCAACCGUCCCGUAUACGGGACACCGAUCCCGUAGAAGUUAAAUACUAUUAUUGCACACAGAGUGAGUCCAUGCAACUUAUUAUGGGACUUGUUAAGCAAAUGUUUACUCCUGAACUUAUUUAGGCUUGCCAUAACAAAGGGGUUGAAUACUUAUUGACUCAAGAUUUUUCAGCUUUUAAUUUUUAAUUUGUUUGUAACAUUUUCAAAAAACAUAACUCCAAUUUGACAUUAUGGGGUAUUGUGUGUAGGCCAGGGACAGCAAUCUCAGUUUAAACCAUUUUAAAUUCAGGCUGUAACACAACACAAUUUGGAAAAAGUCAAAAGGUGUGAAAACUUUCUGAAGGCACUUUAUAUUACAAUAUGUGAACAAUCAUAGUUGCCAAAAUAACAGAGGCCAAAAUAACUAUAUCUUCAUUGUGACAGUAACAUUUUCCAAACAAUACCACCAUUAAUACCUGUAUUUGUUUUAAUGGUUUUGUCUCGAAAACCCCCACACACAUGUUAGCUUCCUUAAAGUGGGCUAAUUUUAUUCCCACUCUAAAGAUAUGACAUGUUCCCAUUAGAUAAAGAGGAAUAGUGGAUCGCACAGGAAGCAGGACCAAAAUGGACUCAGGAAGAUAUGAGUGACACACAGCCUUGCAUGCAGUGAUAGACAAAAAGUUAUAUUCUUCUACAUACAGCCACUGUGGAAGUAGACUGCACUCAGAUGAUUGCAGAGGCUUGGGACAAGUCAGGCUCUCAGAAAACACCCCUGAUCCAACACACUACCCCACAUUUAGUCUUAGAUGAAAUUAGCUGUGACACAAAGCAGACAUGCUCAGAGGUGUUGCCAAACUUGCCAAAAUGAUUUCUAUAUUUCCCAACAUAUCAGUUAGUCCAGUUUAUUCUAAUUAGACUAAACUCACUUCACGCUUGUUAUGUCUGCCCUCAGUGAGAAGAGUCUCAGUGCCUGAGGAUCAUCGUCUGUACCUGGCCUGCAGUGGCACUGUUGACUUACAGUGGCGACACCACGUCAACGGGAUCAUAGUCACUAAACAAGGCCAGUCGGUUGCUUACCGGAACCACCAGAAAUAUCACCUCCAGCCUGAUGGAUCUCUGGUUAUAGAAGAGCUGGAGCCAUCUGACUCAGGGGACUACUAUUGCAACGACCAGCUAGUAGCAGACGUGGAGGUACUGAAAGGUAUGAGGACAGCUUACAAUGUGAAAUGUAGCGCAUGUCUGACCACCACUCUAGAAUUUUUAUAAAAUAUAUUGGUUGCUGUCCUUGAUGAUGAGAGCUGAAAAUGGACCGCUGACUGGCGAUAAAUAAUGGUUGAACCAAUUAUCAAUUUCAAGCAGGAAAAGUGGACAACCAUCAGUGAAAUUGCUCUGUCAUUGGAGUGAUAGUAAACUAUUUUAAAGAAAAUUAGCUGAAACAUACUUAUUAUUAUUGUUGUGACAAACUUUUCAUUAUUGUUAUUUAUUUUUGCGAGGUGUUCAGAUCACAGACAGGCAUUCAUAUUCAAAAAGUACAUGUAUAAAGAAAUUAAAAGCAGUAGAAAACAUAAAUAAAAUAAGCAUUAUUUGUCCUGUCGGUCCCAUCUCCACUCUCCCUCCCCGCGUCUUAGUAGGUGCGACCCAUUCCUAUUCCCCCUCCCUCCCCCCACGGGCUCAUGUUGUGGACAUUCUGUUUCUAUCCACAAAACAAAACAUAAUGGGUAACUUAUCUUAUGUUUGUAAAACUGUUUGUGGGACCAAGACACACAUGAAUAGAAUCAGCCUGCAUACAUCGAUAUUCUACACAGAUAUUCCAAAUACAGUUGAUAAAUUCAAACAUGAUUGCAUUACAUUAACUCAUAAUAAGCUUUUGAACUUAUCAACUGCUCUAUUGAAUGUACGGUAUCAAAUGUUGUUUCCUUGGCGCUGUUCAUACGAGAUAUGGAGCGCUCUAGUGAAAUAAAGUCAAGGAAGUUUUGUAGUCAUUGAGUUAUGCUGAGCUUAUGUGGAGGCUUCCAUCUGGUCACUAACAUUAUUUUUGCCGCAGUCAGUUCAGACAAACAUACUCGUUUCUGGAGUACUGUGACUCGAGUCAGUGAAGAGUCAUCCUUCAACAAUAAUAUUUUUGGGAGAUAGGGAAUGGCAGCACCAACUAUGCUCGACACACACCUGGCAACCUGUGACCAAAACGUCUUCACACUGGGGUAGUCCCACAUCAUGUGCAUGUAGGUUCCAAUAUUUAUUUGAGAACACAACAGACAAGUUGUAAUAGGAGCCAGUUUAAAUUGGCAGCGUUUCUGCGGAGUCAAAUAAAAUGGAAGGAAUUUUUGUAGUGUAUCAGUUGAUGAUUCAAAUUUCGGGAGGUCAUUGGGAUAUUGUUCUACUCUCUUUUUUAAAAUCGUUUUUUAUAUAUAUAUAUAUAUAUAUUUUUUUUAAAUAACAAUUUUUUUAUGGGGGGGGGGGGGGGAUUUUACCCCCCUUUUUCGUGGUAUCCAAUUGGUAGUUACAGUCUUCUCCCAUCGCUGCAACUCCCGUACGGACACGGGAGAGGCGAAGGUCGAGAGUCGUGUGUCCUCCGAAACACAAACCAACCGAGCAGCACUGCUUCUUGACACCGUGCCCGCUUAACCCGGAAGCCAGCCGCACCAACGUGCCGGAGGAAACACCGUACACCUGGCGACCAAGUCAGCGUGCACUGCGCCCGGCCCGCCACAGGAGUCGCUAGUGCACAAUGGAACAAGAACAUCCCUGCCGGCCAAACCCUCCCCUACCCUGGACGGCGCUGGGCCAAUUGUGCGCCGCCCCAUGGGUCUCCCGGUCGCGGCCGGCUGCGACAGAGCCUGGACUCGAACCAGGAUCUCUAGUGGCACUGCGCCACUCGGGAGGCCCAUUCUAGACUCUUUUCCAAUCUGUAUUUUGUUUGUAGUCUUUAAGAUCUGUAUUCCAUACCGUAACUCUUCCCAUUGGUUUAUGGAGGGCUUCUAGUAGUUUUUUAUAUAGAUUGAAUACAAAACCUCCACUUGUGUACUGGCUACAUAAAAACUCAGUGAGUGGAUGGAAUGGCUCCAUAAGUGUGCAUAGCGGUUCUUAACUGCAAAAAACAUGUAUAAAAAAACAAUGACGAACCAGUUAAAUUAUACAUAUUCUUUAGGUCAUAAAAGGAUAAUAAACCUUAAUCAUUCAUUAUGUCCGAAAGUUUAUGAAUUCCUUGUUCAGACCAUUGUUUAAAAAUAAUACGUUUCCCUCUCAAAGGGAGUUAUGUGUUAUGGCUUUUCAACCUCUGCCAUAUCGUGGAUUCAGAGCAAUCUACUAAUAGAACUCAAAGGGUUUUCUUUAAUGGAAGCUUCUCUAAUGUCAAACAUGUAAAGUGUGGUGUACCGCAGGGCAGCUCUCAAGGCCAUCUACUAUUUUCUAGUUUUACCAAUGACCUGCCACUGGCAUUAAACAAAGCAUGUGUGUAUACUGACGAUUCAAUCAUAUAUGCAUCAGCAACCACAGCUAAUGAAGUCACUGAAACCCUUAACAAAGAGUUGCAGUCUGUUUUGGAAUGGGUGGCCAUUAAUAAACUGGUCCUGAACAUCUCUAAAACUAAGAGCAUUGUAUUUGGUAGAAAUCAUUCCCUAAAUUCUGGACCUCAGCUGAAUCUGGUAAUGAAUGGUGUGGCUGUUGAGAAGUUAUGGAGACUAAAUUACUUGGCGUUACCUUAGAUUGUAAACUGUCAUGGUCAAAACAUAUAGAUUCAAUGGUUGUAAAGAUGGGGAGAGGUCUGUCUGUAAUAAAGAGACACUCUGCUUUUUUGACCCUCACACUCCAAAAAGCAAGUCCUGCAGGCUCUAGUUUUGUCUUAUCUUGAUUAUUGUCUGGUCGGGAGAUUGUGGAGGCCAGGUCAUCUGAUGCAGCACUCCAUCACUCCUUCUUGGUAAAAUAGCCCUUACACAGCCUGGAGGUGUUUUGGGUCAUUGUCCUGCAGACACAUGCAGAGAUAAUCCGUUCAACCACAACACGUCUCACAAAGACACGGCAGUUGGAAACAAAAAUCUCAAAUUUGGACUCCAGACCAAAGGACACAUUUCCAACGGUCUAAUGUCCAUUGCUCGUGUUUCUUGGCCCAAGCAAGUCUCUUCUUCUUAUUGGUGUCCUUAGGAUUGGUUUCUUUGCAGCAAUUCAACCAUGAAGGCCUGAUUCACACAGUCUCCUCUGAACAGUUGAAUUCUGUGAAGCAUUUAUUUGGGCUGCAAUUUCUGAAGCUGGUAACUCUAAUGAACGUAUCCUCUGCAGCAGAGGUAACUCUGGGUCUUCCAUUACUGUGGUGGUCCUCAUGAGAGCCAGUUUUAUCACAGCGCUUGAUGGUUUUUGCGACUGCACUUGAAGAAACGUACAAAGUUCUUGACAUUUUCCGUAUUGACUGACCUUCAUGUCUUAAAGUAAUGAUGGACUGUCGUUUCUCUUUGUUUAUUUGAGCUGCUCUUGCCAUAAUAUGGACUCUGUCUUUUACCAAAUAGGGCUAUCUUCUGUAAACCCCCCCCUACCUUGUCACAACACAACUGAUUGGCUCAAAAGCAUUAAGAAGGAAAGAAAUUCCACAAAUUAACUUUUAAGAAUGCACACCUGUUAAUUGAAAUGCAUUCCAGGUGACUACCUCAUGAAGCUGGUUGAGAGAAUGCCAAGAGUGUGCAAAGCUGUCAUCAAGGCAAAGGGUGGCUAUUUGAAGAAUCUCACACAUAAAAUAUAUUUAGAUUUGUUUAACACUUUUUUGCUUACUACAAUAUUCCAUAUGUGUUAUUUCAUAGUUUUGAUGUCUUCACUAUUAUUCUACAAUUUAAAAAAUAGUUUUAAAAAAUAAAGAAAAACCCUUGAAUGAGCAGGUGUGUCCAAACUUUUGACUGGUAGUGUAUAGAUAUAUAUUUUAAUUGAUGUAGUUCUGUCCUUGAGCUGUCCUUGUCUAUUAAUGUUCUGUAUUAUGUCAUGUUUCAUGUGUUGUGUGGACCCCAGGAAGAGUAGCUGCUGCUUUUACAACAGCUAAUGGGGAUCCUAAUAAAAUACAAAGAAAAAUACCAAAGGUAGUGCAUUAUUUCUAAGUAUUGGUGUUUGGGUAUGCCAUUGCACUUCCCAAUUACCCAUUUUUUUCGAUUUGUUGCCAGGUCUGUUUUGAGCAGGCGAUGAUUGGUCCAAACUGAGUAUGUCAAAAUUUAGGAGCAAAGGCAGAGAAUAGUACAUAUUUCAAUGUAAAUGUUGACACUAUAUUUUCCCCUAUUUCCAACCAAGGAAGACAUUUAUCUUGAUCAAACAAUUUCUUAAGUGGGCAGAGCACUAGAGACAAAGCAUAUAACUUGAAGUUUGGUAAACCUAGAUCCCCAAAAACGUUGGGUUUCUGGAGGCUAGUCAUUUUAAUUCUGGGACAUUUCUGUUUCAAUAUCAAAUUUAAGACUGCAUUUUUUUUCUUAUCUCAGUACCCUAAUGGCGUGGGCAAAGGAAGCGUACUAACAAAUAAAUUCAGUCUAGGCAAGACAUUCAUUUUGACUAUCGAAAUUCGACCUGAUAAUGUUAGAUUAAACCAUCUGUCGAGAUCUGCUGUAAUUGCAGUUGUGACUUUGUAGAAAAAUGUCAAUGCCCAGGUUGAACAUUGCUUUGUUAAGUGGGAGCAGAAACAUAGCCUACUUUGUUAAUCUAAUGAGCAUAUUACUAUCAGUGUCAAAUACUCUUGUUACCAAUAUUUAGUACAAUAAAUAUAUCUUCCCACAGGCCAAAGGUUUGCUGUUUCUGCUGGCCGAGCCCUAUUGCUGCCCUGUACAGUAUCUAGCAAAGCCAAGCAGAGGUGGUUCUUCAGGAAAGAUAGUCAUGCGAAACGAGAACCCAUCUCGACUCUGUUCAGAAAUGGGACCGUAAAAAUGGAGAGAAAGGACACCCACAAAAGGUUUUCCUAUGAUGAAGAUAGUGCCCUGCAGAUCCUCAAUCUGCAGCCAGGGGACUCUGGAGAGUACCUGUGUAAUGGGGAAACGGCAGCCAAAGUAAUGGUGUUAACAGGUAGAGCUUUCCAAAUUGCAUUUUACUCCUGUUUUUCCCUUAUAUCUACACUGUAUCUAUUUAAUUGUCUGUGUAUUUUCAUUUCACAGUAUCAUACUUAAAAUGUCAUGCUUAUGCAUAACCUUUUUUUGCAAACCCAGAUCACCUCAACAUCCAGAGUACCACUGCUGUUAUGCAAACAGGUAACACAAAGCAACACCUUGCAGUUCUUAAAAGUAUAAAUAUUACACCAAAAUCCAGGGUUUUAACUGUGAGCUGUAAAAGUAUAUUAUAUGACCAAUAUACUAUAUAAUUUUCAGAUGUUGUUUGGAGAGAGAACAGAGAGACACGCCCUACAAAUGGUAGGUUGUCCACGAAAGUUCAGACACAAAUUGGGGUAAAAACCUUGUUUUUGCUCUUUGUGGUGAAAUUGAAAUGGCAGUGUGUGUUGUUCAAUAUCGAGGGUCUUGAAAUUUAAAGAAGAUGGACUAAAGUCGCGAUGCAAAAUAAAGAACAUACGUGCCACCCCAUAGAGAUCCUAUUAUAUUACUAUGUGUUGUAUGUGCCAUCCACCCAACAUUGUGUUUACUGUUAGCGACCCUCCAUGCUGUGUGCUCGCUUCAGAGAGCAUGAACUGGGCUUUCGUCCUGUUAUCAGGUGACAUUUUCACAUAUCAAAUUGUGCUUCAUGCUUUUGUCUAUUAGUUGUGAUGAUGAUAGCUGUCAUUGGACUAUGCAUCGUGGUGCUUCUGGCUGGUCUGCUGGGCUUUUUGCUGAUAGGAAGACUGAGCAAAAGAAGAAAGAAAUGCAGUACAGGUAAAAAAAAUCUAAACAAUUAUAUUAUAUGCCUCUGAUCUUGUUUGUAAUAAAUGAAAUUGGCCUAUACAGCCAUGCAACAACCUUUUUUUACAAACGUGACAAAAUUACUCUAUUCCCUAUACUGACAGAACACAAGCAGGAAGGAACUGAACUCCAGACUAGGUGCUUGUCAAAUCUAGGUAAAGAACACUGUCCAAUUGUUUGCUGACAGGAAAGUCUUUAUAGUAGGGUUUGUGUAAAAUGUGUGCAUUCUCCCAAGUAUUGCUCUCAUUGAAAACAAUGUAUUUUUUCAUAUUUUGUCUUAUAGAGUCUGAGAUCACACAUAGUGAUGGGGAAGAAGUGAGUACAAAUGAAUAUCACUCAUUGAAAACAUUGCUAAAAUUUAAAUGUAAAUAUUUGUAUGUUUCCGUGUGUGUCUCAGAGCCCUUCUCAUGUGGAAGACACUGAGGUUCAGUAUGCAUCUCUGGGUCGGCAGAACUGGAGGGAAAGAUCGAGGGUACUGGGAGACCAGCACCACGUCAUCUAUUCCGCUGUGGUCACUGCUCGACCAGCAUCCCAGGGUUUGGAGAGAAUAAAACAUUGAUUUGACUGAUGACCUUUACCAGACAGUUCGUAUUUUACCUCUUUGUAUUACAGUAUGAGUACAUUUUACACAGGUUGCUCUUUAAUCCUAUAAUAAAUGUAUUUUCAUCUUUCAAGAUACGUAAGAUACUAUUAUUUUAGCCAACUAAUUCUAUAUCCUGUUGGCUUAAAACAAUUAUAUUGAGAUUCUUUGGAGAAAACCAACAAUAAUUAUUACAUUACCUUUUCAACAUUUACAGAAACACUCAUAUAUGCACAAAUCAAAAUACAAUCAUAUUUCCAUCAAGAACGGAUAUUCAAAGAACAAUGUCAGCAGUGCAUGUGAUGCAUCAUGCGCCUGGAUGAACACAUUGGGCCACUGUUGCAUAUGUAACAUCUCCCUGGGCCAAUCCUGGCACUCCCUGAGCAAUGGGGGCGGGCCUUACCAGUGUGCUUCAGACUGGCAUAGCGCUGACUCACUUCCUAUGAAAAAAUAUCAGGGUUAGAGAUUAAAUAUUGACUUCAUGCCAUCCAAACCUCUCAGGCAUAGAUUUACAGUUAGAUAAGGUUUAGUCCUAACCAUUGUGACUUCAAUCAUUUACAGAAGUACUUUUACCUUGAGACUUCAAUUCUUGUUCACACAGGUGCUGCACAAAUGUUGUUUUACCUGAAAGGCAACAAUUCACAGAGGCAAUCUGCAGUUCAAACAAUAACAAAUGGGUUAACCUGCCAUUGUUUUGGUAAAUAGCUGACCAAUGGGGCUGAAGAAAUAUAACCACUCUCAAAUUCAUAGACAGCGCUAUGGAUGCGAGGACUGACCAUCCAUAAAAUCAAAAUGAUAGUUUUAAUCAUGUUUUGAGAAUAUAGAAUCAAGCUUAUGAUUGGGGUUAUAAUUGGGGUUUUGAUCGGGUAAGACGGUUCAACUAAGCUCAUUCAGUAUUUAUAAGUUAUAUUGUUCAAGAAUCAAUGGGUAUAUAUAAUUACUUAAAGUGAAAAAAAAUGUAACAACUGCAGAUUGAAAAAAUACAAACUUUUAUUUUGUAAUGUCACUUUAAGUAAACUUGUCAAACUUGAGAUAUAUUCAAAGUCUUAACUAUUUAAGCGUUUGCAUUCCCUUCUGUCUUUGCUGCUACCAUUCAACCAUAACAAGAAAGGGGAUGAUCAAGAUUUGUACACUAUCAUUCUACACUGAGUGCACAAAACAUUAGGAACACCUGCUCUUUCCAUGCCAUAGACUGACCUGGUGAAUCCAGGUGAAAGCUAUGCUCCCUUAUUGCGGUUACCUGUUAAAUCCACUUCAAUCAGUGUAUAUGAAAGGGAAGAGACAGGUUAAAGAAGGAUUUCUAAGACUUGAGACAUGGAUUGUGUAUGUGUGCCAUUCAGAGGGUGAAUGGGCAAAAUAAAAUAUUUAACUGCCUUUGAACGGGUUAUGGUAGUAAGUGCCAGGCGCACUGGUUUGUGUCAAGAACUGCUACUCUGCUGGGUUUUUCACACUCAACAGUUUCCCGUGUGUAUCAAGAAUGGUCCACCACCCAAAGGACAUCCAGCCAACUUGACACAACUGUGGGAAGCAUUGGAGUCAACAUGGGCCAGCAUCCCCGUGGAAUGCUACCGACACCUCGUAGAUUCCAUGUCCCGACGAAUUGAGGCUGUUCUGAGGGCAAAAGGAGGUGCAAGUCAAUAUUAGGAAGGUGUUCCUAAUGUUUUGUACAGUCAGUGUACGUUUACCAUACACUAACUUGUUUUUCCAGUCACUGAAAGAGAAAGUGAAAGUAAAGAUGACAUUCCACAGCACAGUCUAUGCAUAGGUGAAAGUACAAGAGCAGACGCCUUCGUGUCUAAUCACAAAGAGGAAUGAUUUUUCUGCUCUCUGUGAAGUCUUCUUUCCGUAAUUGUUUUCGAGUUUUCUAACUCUCACCAUGCCAAACGUAAAUCUCAUCUUGGAGGCUCUGUCUGCCGUCUCAGGUUGCAACGUGGAAUCAGCCACUGCGGGAACACUUUCACUAACCCCACAGGACUUUGUCAAUGUAGUUGCACUAAAGGAGUUCUACGUACAAGAGGGCCUUCUAGAGUUGGAGUACCCAAGUUUGGGGACAUUGUCUUUAAAUGUUGCCUUAGCUUUACAAGAUGCCCCAUCCGCCGCAUCCAUUCCACAAACCACUGUUUCUGUGAAUGUGAAUGAGUUUCUUGAUUCUCGGUAUGACUACGACUUUACAAAUGUUAAGGAUGGGGAAGCAGUGUUUACUCGGGGAAAGGAGCAGUACGUCCGACCCUGUGGCUGGAACCGCAUUGCCCUGAAGGUUUUGAACAAAUACAGGGAUGGAGAUGGAUGGUUGGGGACCGGAGACGAGGCUUGGCCAGUGUCCUACCACGGACCUGCUAUGGACGGAUCUCAGGGCAUCAUCAGGAAUGAUGGAGAUGGAGAUGGAGCUGGUGCUACUGUCGGAAGAGGAGUCUACUCAACACCGGACAUUAACAUAGCUGAGAAGUUCUCCAAGAGAUUCACGUCCAAAGUAGAUAACAAAACCUACAAGGUGGUGCUACAGAAUAGGAUCAACCCUCAGAAAAGGCAACAGUGUCGGAGAGAGAGUUACUGGCUGGUCUAUGUGCCUGAGGGAUCAUCUCCUGUUCAAGAGAGAGCUAUUGUGGAAAACUCCAUCCGUCCUUAUGGUUUGCUGCUUAAGGAAGUGUUGUAAUCCAGGCAGACAAUGUUUGAAAGAUAAGUAAAUAGGUUGCCGUAAUCAUACACAGUAUGAUCAGAAAAUUAAGAGAUGUAACAUCAGAUGAAUACAAUUCUAUAUCAACUAAGUAACAAGGUUAAUUUGUUAUAGUCAUAGGAUUAGCAUAAGAUUGUUAGAUUUUUUCCCCCAGUGUAAAUGUAGUCUUUACCUGAUAGGCUACUAUUAAGGAUGUGUUCAAGGGUUUUAAAAUGACUUAAAGUAAGAGUGCAUUGUUUAUUUACAUGAUACUUUAAUUUCCAGUGAACCCGCAUUAUCUAACCACAUAGUCAAAGCAUCAAUACAGCACCAAUAUACUACACUGCUGCCUAGUGGUAUUUUAUGGUAUUCCUUUUCCAAUUGUUGACUUAAAUGAACAAUUUGCCUGAUAGUUUGCUAGUGUCUUUAUCAGUAAUCUAUGUGAACAUAUGCUUAGUACUUUGAAAAUGCAUUAAUUAAUGGUUUAUUCACAUUAAAAUAUUGUUAUAUAACACUGAACAAAAAUAUAAAUGCAACAUGUAAAGCUUUGGUCGCAUUUUUUAUGAGAUUAAAUAAAAGAUCCCAGAAAUGUUCCAUAUGCCAAAACAAAGUGUGUUUCUCUCAAAUUUUGUGCGCAAAUUGUACAUUCCUGUUAGUGAGAAUUUCUCCUUUGCCAAGGUAAUCCAUCGAUCUGACAGGUGUGGCAUAUCAAGAAGCUGAUUAAACAGCAUGAUCAUUGCACAGGUGCACCUUGUGCUGGGGACAAUAAAAGGCCACUCUAAAAUGUGCAGUUUUGUCACACAACACAAUGCCACAUAUGUCUCAAGUUUUGAGGGAGCGUGCAAUUGGCAUGCUGACUGCAGGAAUGUCCACCAGAGCUGUUGCCAGAGAAUGUAAUGUUAAUUUCUCUACCAUAAGCCACCUCCAAUGUCGUUUUAGAGAAUUUGGCAGUACAUCCAACCCUACUCACAACCGCAGACCAAGUGUAACCACGCCCGCCCAGGACCUCCACACCUGGCUUCUUCACCUGCGGGGUAGUCUUAUGAGGGAGGAUGCUGAGGAGUAUUUCUGUCUUUAAUAAAGCUCUUUUGUGGGGAAAAUCUAAUUCUGAUUGGCUGGGCCUGGCUACCCAGUGGGUUGACCUGGCUCCCAAGUGUGUGGGCCUACCCACAGCUACGCCCCUGCCCAGUCAUGUGAAAUCCAUAGAUUAGGGCCUAAUUUAUUUAUUUAAAUUGACUGAUUUCCUUCUAUGAACUGUAACUCAGUAAAAUCUUUGAAAUUGCAUUUAUAUUUCUGUCCAAUAUAUAUAUAUAUAUAUACAUACAUAUACACACACACACACACACACACACAAUGCUUUGGUUUGAUGCAUUGAUUACAAAUAAGUGCAAACUUUCUUCUAUAAAUAUAGCCUUUGUAAAUCUAGGGCGGCAAGCCAAGGAUUUGCAGCAAGCUCACCUGACCGGAAACAGAGUCCAAAGACACAGAGGGUGCCAAACAAGGCCGAGACUGGGGACAACACAGGCAUUAGAAGUGUCCAACAUGACACCACCUCCCUCUCUGCCACUUCUGUGUCUGGAACAUAAACCACACCUUGGUUACCACACACUGCUGCCCAGCCCAGAGCUAGGAUCACUGUUGGAGGAGAGCUGAGCAGAAACAGAAACCUUGAACAGGAUUGAUGACGAGUAGCCUGUAUACCCUGACAGUCAACCACUGGUUAUGAAGAAGUGCAUACUCUUUUCCUGCACCCUAAUAAUAAACAGGAAACCAAACAAACCAAAAAAGCAGACUAAGCUUUGUCUGAUAUGUAAACCAAUGUUAGGAGUUGCACCCCAAAUUUAGGAAGUGUAUACUAUCGGUCAGCUUGUCGUUGUGUGCGAGAAAGAAAUAGCCUAUAUUCAAAACAGACUCAGUGUCACACCCUGAUCUGUUUCACCUGUCUUUGUGCUUGUCUCCACCCCCCUCCAGGUGUCGCCCAUCUUCCCCAUUAUCCUGUGUAUUUAUACCUGUGUUCUCUGUUUGUCUGUUGCCAGUUCGUCUUGUCAAGCCUACCAGUGGUUUUCCCGUACUCCUGUUUUGCGCUAGCCCCUGUUUUCACCAUUCUGCCUGUCCUGACCCUGACCCUGACCCUGACCAUGCCUGCCGUUCUGUACCUUGUGACACUGCUCUGGAUUAUUGAUCUCUGCCUGCCCUUGACCUGUCGUUUACCUGCCCCCUGUUUUUGUAAAUAAACUUUUCUUAUUUCGAACUGUCUGCAUCUGGGUCUUAUCCUGAGUCGUGAUACUCUGGGACGAUAUAUCCCAAAUGUAUACAACCAGUAGGCCUAUGUUACAUCCCACAAAAUAUCUAAAGCAAUGAGGCUCAUGCAACAGAUCAGAAUGCUUAGCUUCAAAUGUUCAUUAACUAUUAUUUCUUAACACUAUAAGCACAGCAAUGCAGACAAGGAAGUAGGCUACUGUCCGAAUGUUCGUUCCAUAAUGCAAUUUGCGGGCAAACACUAUUGGCAAAAUCGCACCUCACAUGCUGGCGGUUUCAUGAGACAGAGAUGAAAAUAUCUGUUAGACAUUUUGAAAGGUAAGACAUGCCUCAUAAUAUUUAGUAAAAUGUUUAGGUUUCAAACAAUUAAGAUGGUUGGGGACCGGAGACGAGGCCUGGCCAGUGUCCUACCACGGACCUGCUAUGGACGGAUCAGGGCAUCAUCAGGAAUGAUGGAGAUGGAGAUGGAGCUGGUGCUACUGUCGGAAGAGGAGUCUACUCAACACCGGACAUUAACAUAGCUGAGAAGUUCUCCAAGAGAUUCACGUCCAAAGUAGAUAACACAACCUACAAGGUGGUGCUACAGAAUAGGAUCAACCCUCAGAAAAGGCAAAAGUGUCGGAGAGAGAGUUACUGGCUGGUCUAUGUGCCUGAGGGAUCAUCUCCUGUUCAAGAGAGAGCUAUUGUGGAAAACUCCAUCCGUCCUUAUGGUUUGCUGCUUAAGGAAGUGUUGUAAUCCAGGCAGACAAUGUUUGAAAGAUAAGUAAAUAGGUUGCCGUAAUCAUACACAGUAUGAUCAGAAAAUGAAGAGAUGUAACAUCAGAUCAAUACAAUUCUAUAUCAACUAAGUAACAAGGUUAAUUUGUUGCAGUCAUAGGAUUAGCAUAAGAUUGCUUGAGAUUUUUUCCAGUGUAAAUGUAGCCUUUAGCUGCUGUAGGCUACUAUUAUGGAUGUGUUCAAGGUUAAUAAAAUGACUUAAAAUAAGAGUGUAUUGUUUAUUUACAUUAUACUUUAUUUACAGUGACCCCGCCUUAUCUAACCACAUCAUUUCAACCAGUUGUUUUGGAAAACGAGUGCUUCUAAAGUACAAAUACCUCCAAAAUGUUAGUUUGGAUGACACUGAAAAAGACUUCACUAUUGAAAAGCUGUAGUCACAACAUCAAUACAGCACCAAUAUACUACACUGGUAUUGUUAUGGUAUUUAUUUUCCAAUUGUUGACUUACAGUGCCUUCGGAAAGUAAUCAGACCCCUUGACUUUUUCCACAUUUUGUUACGUUACAGCCUUAUUCUAAAAUUGAUUAAAUAAAUAAAAAUCCUCAGCAAUCUACACACAAUACCCCAUAAUGUCAAAGCGAAAAAAGGUUUUUAGAAAUUUUUGCAAUUGUAUUAAUAACAAAAAACUGAAAUACCUUAUAACAUAAGUAUUCAGACCCUUUGCUAUGAGACUCGAAAUUCAGCUAAGGUGCAUCCUGUUUCCAUUGAUCAUCCUUGAGAUGUUUCUACAACUUGAUUGGAGUCCACCUGUGGUCAAUUAAAUUGAUUGGACAUGAUUUGGAAAGACACACACCGGUCUAUAUAAGGUCCCGUAGUUGACAGUGCAUGUCAGAACAAAAACCAAGCCAUGGGGUUGAAGGAAUUGUCUGUAGAGCUCAGAGACAUGAUUGUGUUGAGGCACAGAUCUGGAGAAGGGUACCAAAACAUUUCUGCAGCAUUGAAGGUCCCCAAGAACACAGUGGUCUCCAUCAUUUUUAAAUGGAAGAAGUUUGGAAGACUCUUCCUAGAGCUGGCCGCCCGGCCAGGGAGGUGACCAAGAACCUGAUGGUCACUCUGACAGAGCUCUAGAGUUCCUCUGCUGAGAUGGGAGAACCUUCCAGAAGGACUCCCUGAGCAAUGGGGGCGGGCCUUACCAGUGUGCUUCAGACUGGCAUAGCGCUGACUCACUUCCUAUGAAAAAAUAUCAGGGUUAGAGAUUAAAUAUUGACUUCAUGCCAUCCAAACCUCUCAGGCAUAGAUUUACAGUUAGAUAAGGUUUAGUCCUAACCAUUGUGACUUCAAUCAUUUACAGAAGUACUUUUACCUUGAGACUUCAAUUCCUGUUCACACAGGUGCUGCACAAAUAUGUUGUUUUACCUGAAAGGCAACAAUUCACAGAGGCAAUCUGCAGUUCAAACAAUAACAAAUGGGUUAACCUGCCAUUGUUUUGGUAAAUAGCUGACCAAUGGGGCUGAAGAAAUAUAACCACUCUCAAAUUCAUAGACAGCGCUAUGGAUGCGAGGACUGACCAUCCAUAAGAUCAAAAUGAUAGUUUUAAUCAUGUUUUGAGAAUAUAGAAUCAAGCUUAUGAUUGGGGUUAUAAUUGGGGUUUUGAUCGGGUAAGGCGGUUCAACUAAGCUCAUUAAGUAUUUAUAAGUUAUAUUGUUCAAGAAUCAAUGGGUAUAUAUAAUUACUUAAAGUGAAAAAAAAUGUAACAACUGCAGAUUGAAAAAAUACAAACUUUUAUUUUGUAAUGUCACUUUAAGUAAACUUGUCAAACUUGAGAUAUAUUCAAAGUCUUAACUAUUUAAGCGUUUGCAUUCCCUUCUGUCUUUGCUGCUACCAUUCAACCAUAACAAGAAAGGGGAUGAUCAAGAUUUGUACACUAUCAUUCUACACUGAGUGCACAAAACAUUAGGAACACCUGCUCUUUCCAUGCCAUAGACUGACCUGGUGAAUCCAGGUGAAAGCUAUGAUCCCUUAUUGCGGUCACCUGUUAAAUCCACUUCAAUCAGUGUAUAUGAAAAGGGAAGAGAGGUUAAAGAAGGAUUUCUAAGACUUGAGACAUGGAUUGUGUAUGUGUGCCAUUCAGAGGGUGAAUGGGCAAAAUAAAAUAUUUAACUGCCUUUGAACGGGUUAUGGUAGUAAGUGCCAGGCGCACUGGUUUGUGUCAAGAACUGCUACUCUGCUGGGUUUUUCACACUCAACAGUUUCCCGUGUGUAUCAAGAAUGGUCCACCACCCAAAGGACAUCCAGCCAACUUGACACAACUGUGGGAAGCAUUGGAGUCAACAUGGGCCAGCAUCCCAGUGGAAUGCUACCGACACCUCGAAGAUUCCAUGUCCCGACGAAUUGAGGCUGUUCUGAGGGCAAAAGGAGGUGCAAGUCAAUAUUAGGAAGGUGUUCCUAAUGUUUUGUACAGUCAGUGUACGUUUACCAUACACUAACUUGUUUUUCCAGUCACUGAAAGAGAAAGUGAAGAUGACAUUCCACAGCACAGUCUAUGCAUAGGUGGAAGUACAAGAGCAGACGUCUUCGUGUCUGAUCACAAAGAGGAAGGAUUUUUCUGCUCUCUGUGAAGUCUUCUUUCCGUAAUUGUUUUCGAGUUUUCUAACUCUCACCAUGCCAAACGUAAAUCUCAUCUUGGAGGCUCUGUCUGCCGUCUCAGGUUGCAACGUGGAAUCAGCCACUGCGGGAACACUUUCACUAACCCCACAGGACUUUGUCAAUGUAGUUGCACUAAAGGAGUUCUACGUACAAGAGGGCCUUCUAGAGUUGGAGUACCCAAGUUUGGGGACAUUGUCUUUAAAAGUUGCCUUAGCUUUACCAGAUGCCCCAUCCGCCGCAUCCAUUCCACAAACCACUGUUUCUGUGAAUGUGAAUGAGUUUCUUGAUUCUCGGUAUGACUACGACUUUACAAAUGUUAAGGAUGGGGAAGCAGUGUUUACUCGGGGAAAGGAGCAGUACGUCCGACCCUGUGGCUGGAACCGCAUUGCCCUGAAGGUUUUGAACAAAUACAGGGAUGGAGAUGGAUGGUUGGGGACCGGAGACGAUGCUUGGCCAGUGUCCUACCACGGACCUGCUAUGGACGGAUCCCAGGGCAUCAUCAGGAAUGAUGGAGAUGGAGCUGGUGCUACUGUCGGAAGAGGAGUCUACUCAACACCGGACAUUAACAUAGCUGAGAAGUUCUCCAAGAGAUUCACGUCCAAAGUAGAUAACAAAACCUACAAGGUGGUGCUACAGAAUAGGAUCAACCCUCAGAAAAGGCAACAGUGUCAGAGAGAGAGUUACUGGCUGGUCUAUGUGCCUGAGGGAUCAUCUCCUGUUCAAGAGAGAGCUAUUGUGGAAAACUCCAUCCGUCCUUAUGGUUUGCUGCUUAAGGAAGUGUUGUAAUCCAGGCAGACAAUGUUUGAAAGAUAAGUAAAUAGGUUGCCGUAAUCAUACACAGUAUGAUCAGAAAAUUAAGAGAUGUAACAUCAGAUUAAUACAAUUCUAUAUCAACUAAGUAACACGGUUAAUUUGUUAUAGUCAUAGGAUUAGCAUAAGAUUGUUAGAUUUUUUCCCCCAGUGUAAAUGUAGCCUUUACCUGAUAGGCUACUAUUAAGGAUGUGUUCAGGGGUUUUAAAAUGACUUAAAGUAAGAGUGCAUUGUUUAUUUACAUGAUACUUUAAUUUCCAGUGAACCCGCAUUAUCUAACCACAUAGUCAAAGCAUCAAUACAGCACCAAUAUACUACACUGCUGCCUAGUGGUAUUUUAUGGUAUUCCUUUUCCAAUUGUUGACUUAAAUGAACAAUUUGCCUGAUAGAUUACUGAUAAAGACACUAGCAAACUAUGUGAACAUAUGCUUAGUCCUUUGAAAAUGCAUUAAUUAAUGGUUUAUUCACAUUAAACUAUUGUUAUAUAUAACACUGAACAAAAAUAUAAAUGCAACAUGUAAAGCUUUGGUCGCAUUUUUUAUGAGAUUAAAUAAAAGAUCCCAGAAAUGUUCCAUAUGUCAAAACAAAGUGUGUUUCUAUCAAAUUUUGUGCGCAAAUUGUACAUUCCUGUUAGUGAGAAUUUCUCCUUUGCCAAGGUAAUCCAUCCAUCUGACAGGUGUGGCAUAUCAAGAAGCUGAUUAAACAGCAUGAUCAUUGCACAGGUGCACCUUGUGCUGGGGACAAUAAAAGGCCACUCUAAAAUGUGCAGUUUUGUCACACAACACAAUGCCACAUAUGUCUCAAGUUUUGAGGGAGCGUGCAAUUGGCAUGCUGACUGCAGGAAUGUCCACCAGAGCUGUUGCCAGAGAAUGUAAUGUUAAUUUCUCUACCAUAAGCCACCUCCAAUGUCGUUUUAGAGAAUUUGGCAGUACAUCCAACCCUACUCACAACCACAGACCAAGUGUAACCACGCCCGCCCAGGACCUCCACACCUGGCUUCUUCACCUGCGGGGUAGUCUUAUGAGGGGGGAUGCUGAGGAGUAUUUCUGUCUUUAAUAAAGCUCUUUUGUGGGGAAAAUCUAAUUCUGAUUGGCUGGGCCUGGCUACCCAGUGGGUUGACCUGGCUCCCAAGUGUGUGGGCCUACCCACAGCUACGCCCCUGCCCAGUCAUGUGAAAUCCAUAGAUUAGGGCCUAAUUAAUUUAUUUCAAUUGACUGAUUUCCUUCUAUGAACUGUAACUCAGUAAAAUCUUUGAAAUUAUUGCAUUUAUAUUUCUGUCCAGUAUAUAUAUAUAUAUAUAUAUAUAUAUAUAUAUAUAUAUACAUACAUACACACACAAUGCUUUGGUUUGAUGCAUUGAUUACAAAUAAGUGCAAACUUGCCUCUAUAAAUAUAGCCUUUUUAAAUCUAGGGCGGCAAGCCAAGGAUUUGCAGCAAGCUCACCUGACCGGAAACAGAGUCCAAAGACACAGAGGGUGCCAAACAAGGCCGAGACUGGGGACAUCACAGGCAUUAGAAGUGUCCAACAUGACACCACCUCCCUCUCUGCCACUUCUGUGUCUGGAACGUAAACCACACCUUGGUUACCACACACUGCUGCCCAGCCCAGAGCUAGGAUCACUGUUGGAGGAGAGCUGAGCAGAAACAGAAACCUUGAACAGGAUUGAUGACGAGUAGCCUGUGUACCCUGACAGUCAACCACUGGUUAUAAAGAAGUGCAUACUCUUUACCUGCACCCUUAUAAUAAACAGGAAACCAAACAAACCAAAAAAGCAGACUAAGCUUUGUCUGAUAUGUAAACCAAUGUUAGGAGUUGCACCCCAAAUUUAGGAAGUGUAUACUAUCGGUCAGCUUGUCGUUGUGUGCGAGAAAUAAAUAGCCUAUAUUCAAAACAGACUCUGUGUCACACCCUGAUCUGUUUCACCUGUCUUUGUGCUUGUCUCCACCCCCCUCCAGGUGUCGCCCAUCUUCCCCAUUAUCCUGUGUAUUUAUACCUGUGUUCUCCGUUUGUCUGUUGCCAGUUCGUCUUGUCAAGCCUACCAGCGGUUUUCCCAUACUCCUGUUUUGCGCUAGCCCCUACUUUUUCACCAUUCUGCCUGUCCUGACCCUGACCCUGACCAUGCCUGCCGUUCUGUACCUUGUGACACUGCUCUGGAUUAUUGAUCUCUGCCUGCCCUUGACCUGUCGUUUACCUGCCCCCUGUUUUUGUAAAUAAACUUUUGCUAUUUCGAACUGUCUGCAUCUGGGUUUUAUCCUGAGUCGUGAUACUCUGGGACGAUAUAUCCCAAAUGUAUACAACCAGUAGGCCUAUGUUACAUCCCACAAAAUGUCUAAAGCAAUGAGGCUAGUGCAACAGAUCAGAAUGCUUAGCUUAAAAUGUUCAUUAACUAUUAUUUCUUAACACUAUAAGCACAGCAAUGCAGACAAGGAAGUAGGCUACUGUGCGAAUGUUCGUUCCAUAAUGCAAUUUGCGGGCAAACACCAUUGGCAAAAUCGCACCUCACAUGCUAGCGGUUUCAUGAGACAGAGAUGAAAAUAUCUGUUAGAAAUUUUUAAAGGUAAGACAUGCCUCAUAAUAUUUAGUAAAAUGUUCAGGUUUCAAACAAUUAAGAUGGUUGGGGACCGGAGACAAGGCCUGGCCAGUGUCCUACCAUGGACCUGCUAUGGACGGAUCAGGGCAUCAUCAGGAAUGAUGGAGAUGGAGAUGAUGCUGGUGCUACUGUCGGAAGAGGAGUCUACUCAACACCGGACAUUAACAUAGCUGAGAAGUUCUCCAAGAGAUUCACGUCCAAAGUAGAUAACAAAACCUACAAGGUGGUGCUACAGAAUAGGAUCAACCCUCAGAAAAGGCAAAAGUGUCGGAGAGAGCGUUACUGGCUGGUCUAUGUGCCUGAGGGAUCAUCUCCUGUUCAAGAGAGAGCUAUUGUGGAAAACUCCAUCCGUCCUUAUGGUCUGCUGCUUAAGGAAGUGUUGUAA